ACAUCUCUCGGUUCUCGGCAUUCUACAGUGCAAUGCGUGUCGUAGCUCUCGUUGGUUAUAAAUUGUCACGACUGGUGCAGAUACAAAGUUACGAUUAAUUUUUUUGCCGUUAAUUGGAUAAUCGAAUAGAAUGCGGCAGCAACGAUGCACGUACGAAUAUGUGAUUUUACUCCAUAAGUUAUUUCUCAGACAUCACCGACAAGGCAUACAACGAUAAUGUUUUUACAACUGUGCAUGAGAUGGUAUAUAAUUGACGAAUCGCGCGAGCCGCUGCCAAUGUGCAGAGUUUCAUCGACGAUGAAGAUAUUCCUUGUGUAUUUCCUCAUCUGGGGAUUGGUAAACGGCCAGAGUCUUAACCCGGAACAAUUACUUGCCGGGGCUACAGCUGAAUCCUUGGCGAGCGUAAUUUCCGGCAGUCUCCUAUCUGGUCAAAGAUCAAUCGCAGGUUCGUCUGGUAAUGCUUUUACAGACGAUCAAAUAAACAUUAACUUCCGUCCUGGAUUUGAAGCGGAAUCUAAAUUAUUAACACAGAAGGCUGCAUUUGGACAUGAAGAUACCCUAGCAUUGGCAAAUGCCAACGCGGCUGCACAAACAACUUCUUUUACGCCAUGGUUUCCGAAACAAGAUGCAGCUUCCGUGAGUUCAAGAUCUCUUACGAAAAUAAUAACGAAUCCUCUGUUCAAAACACAAGCUAUAGGUUUGACAGAAUUAGACAAAGAGAGCUCCGGGUCUACAGAAGAGAAAUCUUUUGUGACGCGUCAUUUCUCAUCAUCUGUUUCUUCAUCUACAUCGCAAUCUAGUUCUACUUCGUCCACAGCCUCGGAGAAAUCAGAAGUCUCAAGCAAUAACGCAAAAUCUUAUUCCAAUGUUGGAUCGCCCACGAAGAAUAAAAUUGAUAUUUCGGCGAAAGCUAUUGCCAAAGCUGAAGCAGAAGCGAAAGCUGCAUCAGAAGCAGCAGUAGCUGCGCAAGCAGAUGCUAUAGCUCAAGCUAAAGCUGCAACUCGUGCAAAAGCAGAGGCUAGUGCAGCAGCUGCUGCAGAAGCGCGAGCAGAAGCGAAAGCAUGGGCGGAGGCUGAAGCCCGGGUACAGGCGGAAGCUCGCGCAAAUGCUUCUGCACAAGCCGAAGCCAAAGCCAAGGCAGAAGCAUCCGCAAAGGCAGAAGCCAAAGCGAAGGCCGAAGCCGAGGCACAAGCACAAACUAAAGCGCGCGUCGAUGCAGAAGAGCGAGCAGCUGCAUCCGCACGAGCUGAGGCUAAAGCUCGAGCACAGGCUAAAGCCGAGGCGGAAGUAUCUGCGCGAGCAGAAGCGAUGGCUCGAGCGGAAGCAAAGGCACGUGCUGAAGCGGAGGCACGCGCAGAAGCGUCAGCGCAAGCUGAGGCUGAAGCAAAGGCCGAAGCAGCUGCUGGUGCAAAAGCUGUGGUUGAGGCUAAGUUGGCUGCACAAAUCAACACGGUAACUGAGGCAUAUAUUAAUGCUGUGACAAAAGCCGAAGCGUCUGCUAAAACAGCUGCGGUGGCAAGCAUAGCCACAAUGAACGCUGCAAAAGCAAUCAAAUUAGCAGCAUCAGCACAGGCGCAAGCAGCAAUUAAAGCAACUGCCGCUGAAGAAGCGGCCGCUGCCGCUGCUGUUUCCACUAGUGAAGUUAACGUCGCAGCAUCUGCAGUAGAAGCGGCUCUCAUGUUGUCCAUGAUGAUCUCUCAAUCCGCGGAUCUCGCAGAGAAAACGGCCAUUUCUUAUGUAAUGAAAUUAGUAAAAAUGGCUAUGGCUAGCGAGGCUGCUAACAAAUUUAUUGAAAGCAAAACUAUAAAUGACAAGGAAAGAGUGGCUUUAGCAACAACAGCUGUACAAGCAUCUUUGUCCAAACAUAUAGAAGGAAAACAGAAAAUGGAACAACUUUCUAUGUAUCAAGAAGUGACUAAGGAAACCAGUACGAAAGCGGCUGUUGCUCAAUCAAUUGCUUUAGAACAUGCAAAACUAGUUUCUCGUGAAGUUGAAGAAGCUGCCAAAAUACAAGCUUCUGCGUCUGCCAAAUUGGACUCAAAUACCGCAGAACUAGAAUCCACUAUGGCAGUGCGAACAAAUUUCCAGAACGCUAUAAGGGAUGGCAUUGUUGUCGGAUUAAACGCUGUGCCAAAGCUAAUGAUAAGACAUGUCGAAAUAAAAACGAACAAUUAAUCUGGCGAAAUAGCAAAGCAGCAUUCAAGAUCAGUUCAAACAACAACAAGAAGUAUUUAAUUAGAUAGAAAACAACUUUCAUUAUUAUAUAAACAUUAGUGACGGAAACGAAAAUAAUAAUAUUAAAAAACUACUAUUUUUGGGAUACAACAAUAUAAGUAUAGCUUUGUAGCAAAUAAAAUUACUUAUUCAUUAAUUAUAUAUUUUUCCUGAUAUCUUACCUGAUAUCUUAGAUAGCACACGGACGCCCACUGAACGUCCGUUACAUGUUCAUUUUUUUACAAAAGACGUCCAUAGGA